UUUUUUCAUGUGGUUAUCAGGAUGGCGUCUACUGGUCGUGUGUGAAAGUUCGUAAUGUUCUAUGCUGCUAUAUGGACGACACUAAUUUUUUGUACGAUCCGAGUUUCGUGGAGAAUGGCUGUGAGCUGACUUUCGACACUGGUUACGCGGUUUCUGGUGAUCGGGUUAUCAUCAGUUCUACGUCCGGUUAUCCUUUGGUUGGCGAAGAGUUGUACUGCGGCUGCGGCGAAGUUUCAACCUACGCUUUCCAACCGGUCAACGAUGGCCGCUCUUGUCGGACAGAAUGCAUCCACACCCAUUCGCCCACUCCUUCUAAAUUAAGCGGGGGAAGCCUGCGCUCCACAUUUUCUCAGGACUCUCUCGUUACCGGUGAAAACGGGAGUCGCUGUGAGGCCGCCGAGCAACCUUCUUUGGACGAAUCGUUCUUCGAGUCGGAGGCGCGUGAAUGGGUGGUCGGAUUUGAGCAGCCGAUGGGUGAUUUCUGUAAAUCGCGUCCCGUGGAAAAAGAAAGUAUACGUAGAACCUCUAACCAGGGCAAGAGUGGGGGAGCUUUUGAGGUGUCAAAAACUGACGAAAAGAGUGGACCUAGUCCUAUGGCCUUCACUGUUGACCUUGGUGGCGGUGGACUGCAAAUCGGUGACUCAAUCUCAAAGUUCAUUCCAAAGCAUCGAAGAAAUCUGUCAUCAUCCCGUGCAUCUCCAGACGCGAUGAAAGCUUACGUUGAUCAACACGAAUCUCCCAAGAAAAAUAGUCCUGAAUCGAAAGCUGGGCGAAACCGAUUACCGGGAAUUCAGCCGGAUUCUCCAUCUGCUGUACCAAAGCUCAAGAGUCCUGCAUCGUUCCUCCUCCAACGCAUGUUCGAUAUUCCGGGGGAAUCCGGGGAAAAAUUGGCUGAUGAAUUCGUUAUGGUGGAGGAUGGUGUGAUGGAAAUGGAUAUUCGUGAUGAUGGUAGCGAAACUGGGACGUAUACCAUUGAUAAUGACAAAGAAGACGAAGACGACUUAGACGAUGAUGAGUGUGGGGAAGCACUUGCCGACAACGAUAUGGACGAUACAUGCAGCGAUCAAGACGACCAGAAAGUAUGGGACUGUCGGGAUUUUCCCAAGCCUGGUAGAAUGGUUGCUAUGCCUCAAGUGAAAUUGGAUCACAUGUCGUCCGCUGUACCACAAGUUCCCAGUAGUGUCGGACGUGGAACACCCCCUUUCAAGGAAUAUAGGCACGAAUUGCCUAUGGAUUCCCGUUCUUCUUCCUCCUCCUCGUCUCCAAGCAAACUUAGUUGGUCGUUGGAGAGUCAGAAUAAACCCAGAAGAAAGCUGCCCGCUGUUCCUGCUGGCGUAGAAGAAGCGUCGGAAGCUAUGUCGAACAUAAACCUCGAUACCGAACGUUUUCUUCGCGAUACUGAGACGGUAGUAGCCGCUAUGCAAGAGCGUGUGACUCGCGCCCAAAAAGCUGCCGCCCCACCUCCUCCGCAGCCGCCCCGGACAAAGCAUAAAACAGACCAUCAUCGCCUGACUGUUUCGCCUCGUGCCGCCUCCUUAUCCCGCGAUGGGUCGUCGUCUUACGAUCGGGCGAAAGCGGAGAGUCCUCGCGAUAAAUCCGUUUCGGAAAGCACUGGGAGUGUGAGAAGCGAAAUCAGUUCUGUUGGGAGCAGUGGAGAAGCUUCGGAAGUUGGCAUUGACAACGGUGGCGGAGCUUCUCCGUCUAUUCGGAAGAAUAGAGCCUUCAGCAGUUUGCGCAGAGGUCGGCUUGAUUCCGAGCCGGAACCGCCUCUGAGAACUACCCCUCCCGUGCAACCUGCUAGGAGCAAAACUGCUGCACUCCGUUCUACGCCUACUGGGAAAACGGCUUUGAAGCAGUCUUUAAGCUCUGUUGGGUCUAGUAGCAAAAUUAGCGCUGAUUCUGACGCCUUUGCAAGAAACGAUGGCGGGAGACAUAGCUUGAAGCUGAGUCGCGGAUCACCGGCUCCUCAAGCUGCAACGAAACCAAAACGCGCUCCCGUCCCUGGAUCAGUAGCCAAAAAACCCCCACUUCAGAACCCAGUCAAUCGUUCAGCAAACCUGAUAGCGGGUGUCAACCGCGAUGAGGAAUAUGCUAAUUGGCAACGAAGGAAGGGCUAUAACCCACGCAAGGCUGCCGCGGAAGGCAAGAUAAAUAAGAAUGUACCCGCUCGAGUAACCCGAGAAUCACCGAAAAAUGCCAUGACUCAGUCCGCCCAUGAAGCUGUGAAGCCUUUUGUGGCUGCUGAAGCCGUGCCGCCGAAGGAACAUGAACAGUUACCUUACGCUGUAUUAAAAUCGGCCUCAUUUCAUGGUUCCGAGGGGAUCGCGGAUUCCCAGCGUCGACGCCGCGGGAAGCCAGUGACUCAAGCCCCGACGUUAGCGACGGAUGACGUACUAGAGCUCUCGUCUCCCGAUUCUCAGUCGUCACCUCAGCGGAGACCAGACGAAGAUAGAUAUUCUGCCCCGCGUCACCGAUUCGAACCGGAUGCAUCCCAUCCCGUGUCGUUGCCAGAACCUGUAUCUGGAGGCUGGAGUGGGCAUCAGGUUGCCAUGGUAGUGCCAGUGCAACUUGGAUCGCCCCGAGCUGUGCAAUCGCCCAAAUCCCCAUUUCGCUCUGCAACGCAGCCAGGAAAAUUAGAGACUUUGGAUUCUUUGGUUCUGUCGUCUGUCUUUUCGCUCUCUUCGAGGCUUAAUGAUCGAGCCAAGAAAGUGCUUGAAAAACUCAAAUGUCAAGUGAGUGAUGAAACGGACGUGGCUGGAAAAUUGGAAGAUCUGAUUCUGGUGAUGGAUUCGGCGGAAGCUUCGAGUCCGGUUGGCAAUGCUUCCAAGCCUCGCUCAUCAUCGAAAGACCUCUCCGGCACGCUGAAGAAUUUGAGACGUUUGGAACAAGUCAUGACCCUUGUGGAUGAGGUGUUGAGCAUGGAUCCGACUACGGACGACUACGAGCGCAGACUUGAAGUCAGCGGAGACUAUGAUGACGACGAAACUGCUCAUGCAGCGUACAACGGCUACCAUGGAGCAUACCUUCCUUGAAAUUUUUUUUGUGGCUCCUGUGGGAGUACUUUCCGCGGUCCUGGUGAACAAAAAUAACCGUCUUGCUGCCUAUGCGGGGGUCUGGUUUUGUGCACGAGUGAGUAAUCUUUUUCUUUUUUUUGCUCGAGUCUCCGGUGUGAGUGUGGCAAGCGUCGGAAUGAUUGCGGUGAUCGCGUAUUGGUCUUGCGGUUUCUAACCAGGCUGAGAAUUUUUUGGUUACGGAGUACUCGAGUCGCUCAUCCGUUUUCUUCCCACGUUCUAAUUUUUUAUGUGAAUUGGAUUACCAAGGAAUCAUUAGCCGAUAGCAUUUUCGGUAGUCGAUGCCGUUAUCUCUUUUUUUCCGACCCGGGGUAAGAUUGCAGGGAAUUUUGCUUGGGAUGCUGGAAGACAUAUGGAAACUGUAAUUUUUUCUCUCCAUUGUGUUUCUCUAACGUGUGAACUCUUUCUACUUGUGUACUUUCGGACUUUCUUGGCUGAUUUUUCUGGUUUCUUUAAAGCGAUUUAUUCCUUGGAUUUUUUGCAUUUUUUUUGAAAGGCAACUUCCGAACAACAGAAAGGAAAAGGGUUUCAGUCGCAAAUAGUUCAAGUUUGCCUUGUCUUUGUAUGUGAUGAACCAGUUCUGAAAUGGAAGAGUCGUCGAAAGUUCGUACUUGUUUGAUGCGGGCUUUGAGAAGCUUUGCGAUAAAGUUUGUGUUCGUUCAAGGAGCGAAUAUUAUUUGAAAUCAAAAAAGUCGGGAAUAUUUCACUUCAUUGUAUAAUAUACUUGAGUUGCCUUUUAUCGCGAGGUUUUCUGUAGGAGCUCGCCGCUAUUUUCGGUAUGGUUUCCGUAGGGUUAAUCCUGUCUGAGAUCGUUCAUGUUUUCGUAAUCGCUGAAGACGAGGUUGAAAUCAACUCACGUUCGACGCAGUAACCAGUGAUUGAUUGAUGGGUAAGCGCUCCUUUUUUCCCUCGGUAUGUCAUGAGGUUGUGCUUUUGUUUGCUUUUGUUGAAUUGUGAUGAACCGGGUGUUAGAACGCAUUUGGUCGAACGAUGUCGACGAAAGAUUUUUUGGUUUGAGAGAAAUGCGACAGUUUACAUUGUGAAAUCAGUUACCAGACCGCGAUCAAACGUGGCUUGACGGGGCCCUUCCCGGUUGGAAUUUUCCGUGGACUAAAUUGAGUCGCUAUGCCUUCUUCCUUGUGGUUGGCUAAUUUUCGUGUGUCUUUGAGCCGAUCCAUUCAUCAUAAAUUUGGAACUAUUGUCAUCGUCCGUCAAGGCAAUCGUCAAGUUUUCGCGGAUUUAUCCCUAGUUCCCUUGUUUCUUGCACACAGUGGAGAAGAAGGAAAGAUUAUGAUAUUUUCGAUA